AUGGCGGACGCUGUGACAGAAGCCACCGCCAAGCUUCAGCUGGAUGAAGUCACCGGCGAGAUGGUGUCCAAGGGCGAACUGAAGAAGCGCAUGCAGAAACGUGCCAAAGCUGCAGCAAAGGCCAAGGCCAAGGCUGAUGCGCCUCCUCCCAAACCGGCUGCUCAACAGGCCCCCAAGCCCAAGGAGCCGGAGGAGGAGCUGGAUCCGGAUGCGAUGUUCAAACAGGGUUUCUUAGCCUCAGUGUACAAGGAGAGACCUGUGAAGCCAGUGGUCACUCGGUUCCCCCCUGAGCCCAAUGGAUACCUGCAUCUGGGUCACGUUAAGAGUAUUGCGAUCAACUUCGGGUUUGCGCGGUAUCAUGGCGGUCAUACGGUAUGCCUCCCAUCUCCUUCCAUGCCAUUCGACGACACCAACCCCGAGGCCGAGGAAGAGAAAUAUUUCCACGCGAUCGAGGAUAUCGUGCAGUGGCUUGGAUUCACCCCUCAUGCCGUCACGUAUUCCAGCGAUAACUUUGGGAAGCUGUACGAGCUGGCGGAGAAGCUGAUCACCCUUGGAAAGGCCUAUGUCUGCCAUUGCAGUGAUACAGACCUCAAGUUGCAGCGUGGUGGGGAGAAAAACGGCCCGAGAUUCUGCUGUGAACAUGCCAAUGCGGAUAUCGAAACGAACCUCCAGAAAUUCCGCGACAUGCGCGACGGCAAAUAUGAACCCCAGACGGCUUUUCUCCGUAUGAGACAGGGGCUGGCGGAUGGAAACAACAACCCUUCCAUGUGGGAUAUCGCUGCUUACCGCGUGCUGAAGAAGCCUCACCACCGGACCGGCGAUCAGUGGGUUAUCUACCCUACUUAUGAUUUCGCGCAUUGUCUGUGUGAUAGCUUCGAAGGCAUCACCCACUCCCUUUGUACGACCGAGUUCAUUCUCGCCCGUGAGAGUUACGAGUGGCUCAAUAAGACCCUCGGCGUGUAUGAGCCGAUGCAGCGCGAAUUCGGUCGUCUGAACAUCAGCGGCACCGUUAUGAGCAAGCGUUCGUUGAAAAAACUCGUGGAUGCCAAGUACGUGCGCGGUUGGGACGACCCGCGUCUGUAUACCGUCAUUGCCCUCCGUCGGCGCGGUGUCCCGCCCGAGGCGCUCCUCUCCUUCGUCAAUGAGCUCGGUGUUACUACUUCCAAGACCCUUAUUACCAUCGCCCGCCUUGAACAGUCCAUUCGCUCUUAUCUCGAGACACGCACCCCACGACUCAUGGUUGUCUUGUCUCCUCUCCCUGUCGUCAUUGAAGACUUCGACACGCUCACUGCCGAUGAGGUGAACGUGGACAUGCCCUUCUCCCCCAAGGAUCCUUCGAUGGGCUCGCAUAAAUUGCCGCUUACGAAGACCGUCUACAUCGACCGGUCCGACUUCCGCGAUGUCGACAGCAAGGACUUCUUCCGCCUCGCUCCCGGAAAGACUGUCGGCCUGUGGAAGACACCAUAUCCUAUCACCGCAACCUCCUUCUCGAAGGAUGCCGAUGGCAACGUCACCGAGGUACGGGCAGUGCUGAACCGCGACGGUAAGAAGCCUAAGACCUUCAUCCACUGGGUGCCGGAGGGGUCGCGCAAGGUGGAGGUUCGCAUCCACGAUCAACUAUUCAAAUCAGAUGAUCCCUCUUCGGUUGAAGGGGGCUUCUUGAACGACAUCAACCCUAAGAGCGAGACGAUUUAUAAUGAUGCUAUGAUCGAGUCUGGCUUCGACGAGGUCCGUCGGCGUGCCCCUUGGCCGGCGGCUGCCGGUGAAAAGGGCAAGAGCGGUCCUGAAAGUGUGCGGUUCCAGGCCAUGCGUGUCGCCUAUAUGGCUAUGGAUUCUGACUCUACCGACGAUCAUAUUGUUCUCAACCGGAUCGUCUCUCUCAAGCAGGACAGUGGCAAGGCUAGUAGCUAA